UACAGCAUAUGGCGCACACACUCAAGGAUCUCAGCCAUAUCUGCCCACGCGAGGGAUUAGGAUGCCCGAGGAGAAUCGUUGGGCUGAGACAAGCGAGGGAGCACAAAGCUACAACAGCGGUCAGGAAAUUAAUGAUCCAUCAUGGGGAGAUGAACAUACCCAGCGUGGCGUACAGAAAGAAAUACUCACAGAAACCCAUGAUACUCAAUGCACGCUCCCAGGAAUGAUAAAUGAUUUUUUCGGGCAGGACGUUAUUGGUCCAUCUUAUAUCAAUUUUGAGUCACAGCCAUUCACCUACAAUUUAGAAUCAUCAUCUCAAUAUGGAUUUCAGACUCCACCACCUAUGCAUGAGUCACAGACACAGGAACACGAGGGACAGUACGGCCGUGGUCUUCGUGAACACAUACCCCCUGAACGAUUGUCACCCUCCGGUCGUCGGGCAAGGCCAGCUGGUCGUCGUCGCAUAGGGUGAUUCGUCUAUGUAUGUGUGCGAACUAUUGCAUCUCUCUAUGUCAGUUUCAAACUUUCAGAUGUACGUACAAGACAUCUAUGUAGUUUCAUGAAAUAAAAGUUCUCGAUAUAUUUCGACGCAGUUUUCCAAUUUAAA